AAAAAAACAGAGAAUACGUUGAAAAAUUGUUGCAUUCUUGGUGUUUAAGUCUCCAUCGAUCGACCGAAUCUGUUCUCCAUUUGUUAUGUUUAUUAUUAUUAUUUUUUCUAGAAUUUACAUUCUUGGUGUGAUGGAUUUAAUUAGUAGUUUCCCAUAGCAUAUAAUUUCCAGGAAAGAAGUUCACACAAAUUAGAGGGAGAUGGUUUGUUUAAGUCACACAAGUUGGGUAGUGCAUAAAAAAAUGAUCCUGCAGAUGAUCAUGUGGGUGUCUUGGCUGAUGAUGUUGCUAUUGUUGUGGCCGGUGGAGGCAGCAAGGCCAGAUGUAAAACCUGACUGCCAAGACAAGUGUGGGAAUGUUAGUGUUCCUUACCCCUUUGGGAUUGGCGAACGAAGCUGUGCCAUGAAUAAGCACUUCUUUCUAAACUGCAGUUCUAACGAUGAAGGUCAUCCUGAACUGUGGUUUGGAAGAAACAUGCCUGUUCACAAUAUAUCACAGCUGGAGGGCACAGUAACUCUAGGCAUUGAUGCAGCAUUCAAAUGCUAUAACAAAGCAGGGAUGCAGACAGAAUCUUUCCGACAGUCUAUGACCCUUGGAUCAGGCCCCUUCAUGUUCUCACACCUCCGAAAUAUAUUCACAGCUAUUGGUUGCGAUACCUUUGCCCAGGUGACCAACUAUGAGUUGACAUAUGGAGCCGCCUGUCUCUCCUUGUGCACAGAAUAUGUUAACAUGUCCGAUGGAAAUCCUUGCUCAGGUUCUGGAUGCUGCCAGAGCUCAAUCCCUAAGGGCCUCAAAUCACUUGAUAUUUCAUUAUUUAGUUUUUACAACUACACGAACGUUUCGGACUUCAAUCUCUGUGGAUUUGCUUUUUUAGUGGACAAGAACUCCUUGAAGAUUUCAGAUUGGCCGCUCUCUCGCAAGCCAAAAUAUGGAAAAGAUGCAUAUAGAACAGAUAUUGUUAUUGAAUGGGCAGUUAAAAAUGAGACGUGCGAACAGGCUAAAGCUAAUGCAAGUGCAUAUGCUUGUGGCGCUAAUGCAAAUUGCACCUACCCUGAGAGUGGUCAAGGAUAUCGUUGCUUAUGCAAUGAAGGGUUCGAAGGAAAUCCCUAUCUCCAAGAAGGAUGCCAAGAUGUCGAUGAGUGCAAGGAUCCAGAAAGAUAUCCAUGUCAUGGUAGAUGCAAGAACACCAUUGGGAAUUACAAGUGUCGAUGUCCACUUGGUAUGUAUGGUGAUGGUAAAAAAGGUUGUCAAGGACUUGGUAUCAUCACAUUAAUUGCAGCUAUUGGAGCAGCCAUUUUGCUUGUGAUCAUUUGUGUUCUACUGUACAUGAUGUGCAAAAAAAGGAAAAAGGAUAGAAACUUCAGGGAGAACGGGGGAAUGGUUUUAAAGCACCAACGAGUAAGGAUUUUCAGCGAGGCGGAGCUGGAAAAGGCGACAAAAAAUUAUGAUGAUGAUCAGAAACUUGGAGAAGGUGGUUUUGGUUCUGUUUACAGAGGAGUUCCAGCAGAUGAUGUCCAAGUUGCAGUCAAGAAGUUUAAAGGGGUAGACAAGGCUCAGAUGAAUGAGGAAUUUCAAAAGGAAAUGGGCGUUGUCUCACAGGUCAAUCACAAGAACGUGGUGAAGCUCUUGGGCCUGUGUUUGGAGACCAAAGUGCCAUUGUUAGUUUAUGAGUUCAUUUCAAAUGGAACUCUUUCCAAGCACAUACAUGACAAAACGUCGCAGUUACUAGCUUCCUGGAGCAAUCGUCUGAGGAUAGCAUCAGAGAUUGCCCUUGCGCUUAAUUACCUGCAUUCUCUUGCAGACCCUCCGAUUAUUCAUGGAGAUGUCAAGUCCGUGAACAUACUUUUAGACAACAACUACACAGCAAAGGUUGCAGAUUUUGGAGCUUCAGUGCUGAUUUCUUCAGACCAAACCAUUAUAGCCACAAAAAUACAAGGGACUUUAGGCUACCUGGAUCCAGAGUAUCUCAUGACGGGUAUUUUAACCGCAAGGAGCGAUGUCUUCAGCUUUGGGGUAGUUCUUGUGGAGCUUCUCACGGGAGAAAAGCCAAACUCCAGUUCCAGUUCUGGAGAGAAACGGAACCUGAUUCAACACUUUAUCUCAGCACUGGAAACAGAUAAUCUUUUCAGAAUUUUGGAUUUCCAGGCAGCUGAUGAAGGCGAAAUGGAUGAGAUAGAAGCUGUAGCUGAGCUUGCAAAAGGAUGUCUGAAUAGCAUGGGAUUAAACCGGCCAACCAUGAAGGAAGUGUCAGAUGAGCUUGCUAAGCUGAAAGAUCUUCAUCAGAAAUCAUGGGCUCAGCAAAAUAGCGACGAGACGGAAUACUUGUUAGGCGAAUCAUCACAAUCUUUCGGCAAGAUUGCACGUCGUCCAAUGACACAGUCUCAGACUGUGAUACCACUUGAGAUUGAGAACUUCUCUGAUAGUAUUUAAAACUGGAACGAUCGUCUUGUCAGCAUGGUCGCUUUAUGAAUCAGUCUCAACUCUCAAUAAUGUCAAGUAAAUUUUCAUCUCUGUUUGUACAGGCAAGAAGGCACGCUCUUGCUUCCUUGAAUACGUCGUAGCUUUAUGGACGCUUUACUAGCUUCCUAAUUACCUCUCUUUGAGCCAUAAAUUAUUCAAAUAAAUGUGCGGGUUUGCAAA